AAAGCACAUCCCGACCACCGGGCGCGGUUCAGGUCCCGAGCCCUGCGCUGCACAGGCAGUGGCGCUGCAGCUACUGGGGACCGAUGGGCAGCGGGGCAGGAGGACCCGGGCGGCCGCCCCGCCGUCCCACAAUGCCCCGCUCCAGCCACCUGAGGGCGGAGAGAAAGGACAGCGGCGGGGGGAGGGAUCCACGGCGAACUCCGAGAAGUGCGCACGCGCACUGACCCCGGCGGGCCCUAGCAACCAGAGCAGUGACAGUAGCAACCGCCGGAAUGGCAAAAGCAACAACAAUCAAAGAAGCCCUAGCCAGAUGGGAAGAGAAAACCAGUCAGAAGCCAUCUGAGGCCAAAGAGGUAAAGCUUUAUGCCCAGAUCCCUCCUAUAGAGAAGAUGGAUGCGUCCUUGUCCAUGCUUGCUAAUUGCGAGAAGCUUUCACUGUCGACAAACUGCAUUGAAAAAAUUGCCAACCUGAACGGCUUAAAAAACUUGAGGAUAUUGUCUUUAGGAAGAAACAACAUAAAGAACUUAAAUGGACUGGAAGCCGUAGGGGACACAUUAGAAGAACUAUGGAUAUCCUACAAUUUUAUUGAGAAGUUGAAAGGAAUCCAUGUAAUGAAGAAAUUGAAGAUUCUCUACAUGUCUAAUAACCAGGUGAAAGACUGGGCUGAAUUUGUGAAGCUGGCAGAACUGCCCUGCCUGGAAGACCUGGUGUUCGUAGGCAAUCCCUUGGAAGAGAAACAUUCAUCUGAGGGGAACUGGAUUGAAGAGGCAACGAAGAGAGUGCCCAGACUGAAAAAGCUUGAUGGUACCCCAGUAAUUAAACAGGAUGAGGAAGAAGAAAACUAACACCAUGUUUUCCACUUCGUGUUAACUUAUUUAAAUGUCAUA